AGGGUCCCGGCUCGGCCUCGGGGCCUCGGGGCGCGGUCAUGCGACGCCCGGGGCGAGGCCUCGGCUGGCGCCCUGGGCCACAGGAGCUCUGGAGCCCCAGGACCAUGGAUGCUCUUAAUAGGAACCAGGUAGGCCCUGGAUGCAAGACCCAAGCAAUGGUAAAGAAAGGGCCCUUGGACCUGAUCGAGACAGGCAAAGGGCUGAAGGUGCAAACGGACAAACCCCAUCUGGUGAGCCUGGGCAGUGGGCGGCUGAGCACGGCUAUCACCCUUCUGCCUCUGGAGGAAGGGAAGACGGUGAUUGGCUCCGCAGCCAGGGACAUCUCCCUGCAGGGCCCAGGCUUGGCUCCGGAGCACUGCUACAUCGAGAACGUGCGGGGCACCCUCACCCUCUACCCUUGUGGCAAUGCCUGCAGUAUUGACGGGCUCCCCAUCCGGCAGCCCACCAGGCUCACUCAGGGCUGUAUGGUGUGCCUGGGUCAGUCCACCUUCCUCCGUUUUAACCACCCAGCUGAAGCCAAGUGGAUGAAGAGCAUGAUUCCAGCAGGGGGCCGGGCCCCAGGGCCCCCCUACAGUCCUGGCUCAGCAGAAUCAGAAAGCCUGGUGAACGGGAACCACACCCCACAGCCUGCCACCCGGGGACCCUCCGCCUGUGCCAGCCACAGCUCCCUGGUGAGCUCUAUUGAGAAGGACCUGCAGGAAAUCAUGGACUCACUGGUGCUAGAGGAGCCUGGGGCGGCAGGCAAGAAGCCUGCUGCGACUUCCCCACUGUCGCCGAUGGCUAACGGUGGGCGCUACUUGCUGUCCCCGCCGACCAGCCCUGGUGCCAUGUCCGUGGGCUCCAGCUAUGAGAACACCUCUCCAGCCUUCUCUCCACUCUCCUCACCAGCCAGCAGUGGAAGCUGUGCCAGCCACUCACCCAGCGGGCAGGAGCCAGCACCUUCCAUGCCCCCGCUGGUCCCUGCCCGUUCCUCCAGCUACCAUCUGGCUCUGCAGCCCCCACAGCCCCGACCGAGUGGUGCCCGCCCCUCUGAGAGCCCCCGGUUGGGCAGGAAAGGGGGUCACGAGAGGCCUCCCAGUCCUGGCCUCCGAGGUCUGCUGACAGACAGCCCUGCAGCGACGGUCUUGGCUGAGGCCCGCAGAGCCACUGAGAGCCCCCGGCUGGGUGGACAGCUGCCCGUGGUGGCCAUCAGCCUGAGUGAGUACCCGGCUUCCGGUGCCCGAAGCCAACCCACCAGCAUUCCUGGCAGCCCCAAGUUCCAGCCUCCAGUCCCCGCUCCCCGAAACAAGAUCGGCACCCUCCAGGACCGUCCUCCCAGCCCUUUCCGUGAGCUGCCCAGCACCGAGCGGGUGCUGACAACCAGCCCCUCACGCCAGCUGGUGGGCCGGACAUUUUCAGAUGGGUCAGUUGCCCGCACUCUGCAGCCCCCCGAGAGCCCCCGCCUGGGCCGGCGGGGCCUGGACAGUAUGCGGGAAUUGCCCCCAUUGAGCCCGUCACUGUCCCGACGGGCGCUGUCCCCGAUGCCCACCAGGACUACUCCAGAUCCCAAGCUAACCAGAGAAGUGGCUGAGAGUCCCCGGCCCCGGCGCUGGGCAGCCCACGGGGCAUCACCAGAGGACUUCUCACUGACCCUGGGGGCACGGGGCCGUAGGACUCGGAGUCCCUCACCCACACUUGGGGAGUCCCUGGCGCCCCGCAAGGGCAGCUUCAGUGGCAGGCUGAGCCCGGCCUACAGUCUGGGCUCUCUGACAGGGGCUUCGCCCCGUCAGAGCCCCCGCGCCCAGAGGAAGCUGUCCAGUGGGGACCUGCGGGUACCUGUCACUCGGGAGCGGAAAAAUAGCAUUACGGAGAUCAGCGACAAUGAGGACGACCUCCUGGAGUACCACCGGCGGCAGCGCCAAGAACGGCUCUGGGAGCAGGAGAUGGAGAGGCUGGAGCGCCAGCGCCUGGAGACCAUACUGAACCUGUGUGCCGAGUACAGCCGUGCUGAUGGGGGCCUCGAGGCGGGGGAGCUGCCUAGCAUCGGGGAGGCCGCCGCGGCAUUGGCGCUGGCGGGCCGCAGGCCCUCACGAGGCCUUUCUGGGGCCCCCGGAGCCUCGGGGCGGAGCACUGAAGAGCCUGGGGGUGCCACCCCGCGCCUGUGGGAGUGUGUGGAGCGCUCAGAUGAGGAGAACCUGAAGGAGGAGUGCAGCAGCACGGAGAGCACCCAGCAGGAGCACGAAGAUGCCCCUAGCACCAAGCUUCAGGGAGAGGUGCUGGCUCUGGAAGAGGAGCGGGCUCAGGUGCUGGGGCGUGUGGAGCAGCUCAAAGUCCGCGUGAAGGAGCUGGAGCAGCAGCUGCAGGAGUCAGCCCGAGAGGCUGAGAUGGAACGGGCGUUGCUGCAGGGGGAGAGGGAGGCAGAGCGGGCACUGCUGCAGAAGGAGCAGAAGGCGGUGGACCAGCUGCAGGAGAAGUUAGUGACCUUGGAGACUGGCAUCCAGAAGGAGAGGGACAAGGAGGCCGAGGCCCUGGAGACGGAGACAAAGCUGUUUGAGGACUUGGAGUUCCAGCAGCUGGAGCGGGAGAGCCGCGUGGAGGAGGAGCGGGAGCUGGCAGGCCAGGGGCUGCUCCGGAGCCAGGCCGAGCUGCUCCGCAGCAUCACCAAGAGGAAGGUCGGCCUGGCAGUCCUGGACAGUCAGGCGGGGCAGAUCCGGGCCCAGGCCGUGCAGGAGUCCGAGCGCCUGGCGAGGGACAAGAACGCUUCCCUGCAGCUGCUGCAGAAGGAGAAGGAGAGACUGACUAUGUUGGAGGGAAGAUACCACUCACUCACAGGAGGCAGGCCCUUCCCGAAGACCACGUCCACCCUCAAAGAGAUGGAGGAGCUGCUACUCCCUGCUGUAGACUUAGAGCAGUGGUACCAGGAGCUGAUGGCCGGGCUGGGGACCGGCCCCGCUGCAGCCUCCCCGCGCUCCUCCCCCCCGCCUCUGCCCGCCAAAGCUUCCCGGCAGCUGCAGGUUUACCGCUCCAAGAUGGAUGGUGAGGCCACCAGCCCCCUGCCCCGGACCCGCAGUGGCCCCCUCCCCUCCUCCUCUGGUUCUUCUUCCUCUUCUUCGCAGCUCAGCGUGGCUACUCUGGGCCGGAGCCCCUCCCCAAAGAGUGCCCUACUUGCCCAGAAUGGCACAGGCAGCCUUCCUCGCAACCUGGCGGCCACGCUGCAGGACAUUGAGACCAAGCGCCAGCUGGCCCUGCAGCAGAAGGGACAGCAGGUGAUCGAGGAGCAGCGGCGGCGCCUGGCCGAGCUGAAGCAGAAGGCUGCGGCCGAGGCGCAGUGCCAGUGGGACGCCCUGCACGGGGCGGCCCCCUUCCCCCCGGGCCCCUCGGGCUUCCCCCCGCUCAUGCACCACUCCAUCCUGCACCACCUGCCGGCUGGCCGGGAGCGCGGGGAGGAGGGCGAGCACGCCUACGACACCCUGAGCCUGGAGAGCUCCGACAGCAUGGAGACCAGCAUCUCCACAGGCGGCAACUCAGCCUGCUCGCCCGACAACAUGUCCAGUGCGAGCGGCCUGGAUGUGGGCAAAAUCGAGGAGAUGGAGAAGAUGCUGAAAGAGGCACACGCCGAGAAGAGCCGGCUCAUGGAGUCCAGGGAGCGGGAGAUGGAGCUCCGGCGGCAGGCCCUGGAGGAGGAACGGAGGAGGCGAGAACAGGUGGAACGGAGGCUACAGAGCGAGAGCGCCAGGAGGCAGCAGCUGGUGGAGAAGGAGGUCAAGAUGCGAGAGAAACAGUUUUCCCAGGCACGACCCCUGACCCGCUACCUGCCAAUCCGGAAGGAGGACUUUGACCUGAAGACCCACAUCGAGUCGUCGGGCCACGGUGUCGAUACCUGCCUGCACGUGGUGCUUAGCAGCAAGGUCUGCCGCGGCUACUUGGUCAAGAUGGGCGGCAAGAUUAAAUCAUGGAAGAAGCGCUGGUUUGUCUUUGACCGGCUCAAGCGCACCCUUUCCUAUUAUGUGGACAAGCACGAGACGAAGCUGAAGGGGGUCAUCUACUUCCAGGCCAUCGAGGAAGUGUACUACGAUCACCUGCGCAGUGCAGCCAAGAGGAGGUUUUUCAGCUUUUCUGUGGUGACUGAGAGCCCGAACCCAGCCCUCACCUUCUGUGUGAAGACCCACGACCGGCUGUAUUACAUGGUGGCCCCGUCUGCAGAGGCCAUGCGCAUCUGGAUGGACGUCAUCGUCACGGGAGCGGAGGGCUACACUCAGUUCAUGAACUGACUGUGGUCGGCGGGCCUCCCGGACCCUGGGGCCAGCCCCCCUGCUGCCCCCGGAGACAGAGCUGCACCCUGGGCCCUAGGCCACGCGGGAGCGCUCCCCGGGCCCUAGGAGGGUGGAGCGCCGCUGGGGCUCCUGUACCAGACUGCGUGCUCUUCUGUAAGGAGCUCAGGCCCCUAACGUACCGGCCAAUGGAUAAAAAGUGGGGAGGCUCCUGGGAACUCAGAAUUUGCAAUAACCCUUCGGGGUCCUGGCCCAGGCCUGCCCGGGCUGAGGAGCCGGUGCAGAGGGGGCCUUGAGCUCUGACUGGCCCUGCGCUCCCCAGCCUGUGUUCUCUUUUGCAAAGGAUAAAUUAUGGUACCAGAAUCUGCCAAAGAUCCCCUCCUGCCUCAGCCCCCCUUUGCAGGGGCCUCGGGGGCUGAGGAGAGCCACAUCCAGAGUGGGGAACCAGCUCAGGCGGUGCACUUGUCAAACCCCGCUCCACCCUGCUCUCCUGCAUUUUAUUACUUUGUUCAAGGGCCAGAGACCUCAGGUGUCAUCCUUGAGGUCCCAGCCCCACCCCCUUUUUGCAGACCCCAAACUCUGAUCUCCAUAGUGACUGCUUCACCGCCAUGGUUACAUACUCAUUGCCUGGGCUCUGUGGCUCCGCCCAUGCUUCUACUGUGGGCCCACCUGAGGGUACGUCCUGCCAUCUCUCCAGCCCAGGACCUUGUGCAUCUCACGCUGGGAGCGGGGGAAGGGACCAGACACCCCCUCUUCGCCCUCCACCUGUGUCUCCAGGCCCUGAUGCACAGCCUGUGGCCCCCCAGCCCAGCCCUCUCCCUUCCACUCGUGCCUUGCUUAGAGCCAGAAGGGACGAAGCUCCUACAUCCAGAGACUGGAAGAGGAGGGGAGCUGUUGGGAACGGCGGCUACACGGGUUCUGUACAGGCUGGGUUUCUAACAGGGUUGGAGGGCUUCUCAGACACUCCAGGGAGAACCUGAGCAGGAGAGGAGGCAGCAGAGGGAGAGGAUCCUGAGGUGUGGCUGCCCUCCCUUCAGCAUCAGAAGGGUGACAGAAAUGGAGAGCAGAGGACCAGGCCACCAGCUGCCUGGCUUUGGCCCUUCACGCCUUAACACUAAGCCCACCUCCCUGCCCACCACUGGGCUGUGGCUGCUGGGCCCCAGGCUGGGUGACUUUCAGUAUUUGUAAGCAUCUCAACAGAACAAUAAAGCAUUUGGAGUACGUGU